AUCUCUGCUAAAAGUAUUUUCCUUUUGAUUUGUCAUUUUUGUAGGCACCACGAAACUCGUAAGAGAAUAGAGUGUAUACUCUGUAAAGGAUUUCAGUUGUAUUUUUAUCUCAUUCAAAAUAGAUUAUAUAUUAUUCAACUUCCAUGAGAGAUUUACAAGCGACCGUUUAUUAUUUCUAUUACCCUUAUUACCUCUCUUCUACCGAUGAGUGCAGUCCACAUUGGUGCUGGUGGUAACGGUUCGGCGGCGACGCACCCACCAUCAUCAGCUACCCAACAGACACCAGAGGCUCUCGCUUGUCAAGUCGUACCGUCAACACAGAUCCCCGAUACCAAACAAGUCAAUUACGUGUCGUUAGAGAUGCCUAAGCGAAAGUGGGAAGUUUUUCCAGGACGAAAUCACUUUUAUUGUGAUGGCCGAAUAAUGAUGGCACGUCAGAAAGGAAUAUUUUAUUUAACUCUUGGCCUUAUUGUCGUUACUUGUGGACUUUUCUUUGCAUUUGAUUGUGUUUACCUCUGGAAAGAAGUAUCGGAAGUCAUUCCCGUCGUAGGCGUUAUCUUAUUUGUAUUCACGAUUGCAACACUCCUCCGAACUAGUUUUAGCGAUCCUGGCGUUAUACCAAGGGCGAGCGCAGAUGAAGAAGCUGCAACGGAGAGGCAAAUAGAAGCACAGACACAACAAACUGGAACGUAUCGUCCUCCUCCCCGUUUCAAGGAAGUGGUGAUUAACGGACAAACCAUCAAACUUAAAUAUUGCUUCACUUGUAAAAUAUUCAGACCUCCACGAUCAUCGCAUUGCAGUUUAUGUGACAAUUGUGUAGAAAACUUUGACCACCACUGUCCGUGGGUUGGAAAUUGCGUUGGCAAAAGAAAUUAUCGAUACUUUUAUCUAUUCAUAGUUUCAACUACAAUUCUAAGUAUUUUUGUGUUUGCCUGUAAUGUUACACAUUUGGUUCUUCGUAGUCAGGAGGGAAGUUUUUUAGAUGCUAUUAAAUAUACACCUGCAAGUGCCAUUCAGUCUGUAAUCUGUUUUAUUUCUGUGUGGUCAGUACUAGGAUUAGCCGGCUUUCACACGUUCCUUGUAGCCUCCAAUCAAACGACCAAUGAAGAUAUAAAAGGAACGUGGUCAACGAAACGACAACGUGAUAACUUCAAUCCGUUCAGUCACGGAAAUGCAAUUAAUAAUUGUUGUGUGGUACUCUGUGGGCCCAUGCGUCCCAGUUUGCUAGAUCUUAGAGGUUUCUACGUCCCAGAUGCAAACGAGAGGACACAAGGUACCCAAUUAGAGCAAGUAAUACAACGAAUACCCGGCCCAUUGCCCCCGAUGAAGGGCGAGAAUGGGGAUCUUGGUGUUUCGGAAAAUGUUAUCACCAUGCCAACCACGACAAUCAAUAUGGAGACAAAUGUAGAAACGGCACAGCUUGUCAGCAAAGACCAAGAUACUCACGCACCACCCACCUCUACAUCAUGUAAUAGUCAAGUUAGAUAUCAAGAGACAAACAUUGAUAUGGGAACGCCUACGAGUAAGCGGAAAUCGUUAUCAAUCACUGGUAAUCUAGAAUUAGCAGAGAUGCAGCCCCUACUUGACGAGUGUCCAACCUCACCGGCCGAGACUACUACGCUGGAAAGACGAUUUAUGCAGAGUGAUUUAUAAGAACUAUUUAAUAUGUCUGAGGCAGUUGCUCCUGUUACGCCAAUUAUUAAUUCUGACUGGUAGUUAUGGUAUGUAUUGAUUGGAUUAGGACAAUAACAUCUAAACAGAUUUAAGAAUUGGUUUAAGAUUGGUUUAACAAUAGCUACUGCACGUAUCUAAACCAAAAGUGUACUGUUAAGCAUUGCCUACACAAUGUCUACCGUCAGCUGAAGAAUCCAUCACUGCUCUCUGUAAGCAUGUUAUGAUAAGACUGCUGAUCAUUUUGAAUUUGAAUGGAUCGUCAUUAAAAAUGAUACGUCGUGUGCAAGUCUCGUCACAUUGCAUUCUUCGUAUAAUAGACCUUUCCGGAGGAGUGUCAAUCAAACUUAACUGACCAAUCGGAACAGUGCCAGGAAUAAGCAUGUGUCUAACAAGCACACAUGUUGUCCCACAAUCACCUUAGCAACAGUAUCUAAGAGGCGGGGCAUAGCAGAAAGGUUCAUUGCAUUAGUGGACAACCGUCAUUGAAAUGUGUACUUGGUUGUUGGUAUACUUGUUAUAGAACCAGUAUUCAUUCUGUUAAGCAUUUUGUAUUGGGGUUGUCUUUUGUACAGUACUUCAAAUCUAUUGUAUAAUAUAUAUAUAUAUUUAAUAUCAAGCUAGACAAAUUUAAUGACUAAAUAUUUCUUUAAGUAUCCAUUAAUUGAGCACAGGUCAACAUCAUGAGUCUGUCCACUUUUAUUUGAACAUAUAUCUUAUGAUCAUGCAUUAUAAUCAAGUACAUAGAAAUGUAUUGGUAGAAGAUUUGUUGUAGGUGGAGCAGAUAAACUUAACCCCAUUAUAACUGAAAUAUAUUGCUGGUACUAAAACCCUGUCCAGAUUAUCAAAUUUUAUUUUACAAAAAACAUGUGACAUACCUAAUUAUGGUCAUGAUAACAUUACAUCAUGACCAUAUAUAGGCACAUCGUGACUAUAUAUGGGCAUACAAUAGUAUUUUAUCAAAGAAAAUUUGAUAGUGAGGACAGAGUUCAAUUCAGUUGAAACCUAGCUAGCCAUUCUCUGAUAAAACUUAAUACCUAAACAAUUUUUUUAAUGAAUAUCUGGUGAGAAAUUGUAAGAAUAAAAUGAGUCAUGUUGCACUUGUCAA